GUCUCCUCCGAGAGCCCCAGGGCGUGGGUGUCCAGGGGGUCCUGGAGCCUGUCCUCCUGACCGUCCCACCCGCAGCCUCCCAGAGCUCAGAGGCCACGAGGACGCUCAGGAGGACCCUGCUCCCAGACGGGCAGUCGGGGCAGAGGCGUAGGGCUGGGAGAGCAGGGUUUGUGGGGGGCCGCCGGGUGCUGCCGGCUGCCCCAGCCAACAGCCCGCAGGACGUGAGGGACUGUGACCGCAAGGAAGGGAGUUGCGCCGACAGCCAGCGGGAGCUAGGAAGCUCCUUCCCCGGGCGAGCCUCUGAUGAAACCGCACGCUGGCCGCCCUGGGGACGGCAGCCCGUGGAGCCCCAACACCGGGAUGCCAGCAGGGCUGUGCCCGCCUCCACGUGUGCGGGCCCCUGCGGCAAAGCGAAGCAGCGUCUCUGCUUCCUCAGGACCGUGGCUCCGUGGCUCCCUUGUCUUUGAAUGGACGGAGGAUGGAUUCUGUGGGCGGAGUCCACCUGCCCCUGCGCCCGUCACACUCAGGAGGCAGGAAGCUCCAGGAACGAUCAGUACGUUGUUGGGGGAAUGGCUUCCCUUUCCUGGUUCCAGCUCCCAGAACUCCAGCACCCACAGCCAGGGAACCAUGCUACGGGCUGUGGAGGGCAAAUGUGACCUUGGGAGGUGCUUCAAAUGCAGGGUGUUUGCAAUCCAGAUGAGGCCACAGGACGCACGUCACCUCCUGCUGACUGAGCCAGGACCAGAGGAGGCUGUCAUGAAGCAGGAGGUUCCGAGGAGGACGUCUAGAGCCCUCUGCCCCGGCUCCUGGGAUGCAUGGGUGUGCCGAGGGUCUGGUCUGCAAGGCGCUGUUUGCUGCUGGGGAAGGAGCAUUGAGUGGAAGAGUCCCUUGCAGAAAAGACAGGGCCUUGGCCUCCUCCGGCCGCUAGCAGAUUGCAGCCGGCACGGCGAGAUCACGGGCUCCGCCUUCAGUCCUCGCCGGCACCCACGGUAUCGGGAAUGUCCGGAGCAGUUCUGUUUGCUGAGCCGGCUGGACACGUUGCACAGCGAGCGGCCAGCAGCAGUGAGUCCCAGCCAUGACCUUCACCCCAGAAGGAGGCCGCUUCAUUCUGCAGCUGCGCCGAACCGUGCCACGGCCGAGACCCGCCUCUUCUCCCCCAGCGAAGAGAUUAAAAUCCUUAAAUGCCUUCUGGCAAAAGGGACAGCUGCCUCUUUAUCCUUAAAAUGCAAGUCAGCCAGGAGCGCGCUGCCCAGGUCCCGUCGGGGUGCUGGCCCUGUGACCUGACCCCAUCGAUCCCCCGAUCGGCGUCCGAUGAGUCGUGGGCGGCGGUCAAUACCCGCGCACUCCUGCAGGCGAAUGCAGAGGGCAGUGGGAGGCAGGGAGCCCCGGGCCGGCCGUCAGAGAGCCCACCCCCCGGCCUGAGCCGCACCCCAGAAUCAGCACGGUGAUGAGGGACGGUCAGCCACACACGGCUCACGGGACCCCAGCGGGCUUCUGCUGGAUGGAAAAUAACUCAGGCAGGCCCGGCUGGACCGCCGCUCGUCUGGUCUGGGGUCUCCAGCAGCGGCCCGCCAGGGGCCUCUCUGCCUCUGGCUUCACCUCCCAUCUGCUGCGGCCCCGGCGACGCUCAGCCUUGUUACCCACCGGCUCAGUUCUGUUUGUGGUCUCAGAGCCUUGAACCCAGGCCUGGGCAGCCGAUUCAUGAUUGCUGAAUGACUGAGUGCAUUUCUGGGGGGGCUGUCCUGUCCCCUCUCACUGUGUCUGGUCACUGAGCUUCUCGUCCCUUGGGCCAGGACUUGUGUGGGGGGCAUGUGCCUGGAUAUUUCCACUCUUGGGAAUCUUCCUACACAUCCUUCAGAACCCCACUCAAAUGUCACCUCCUCCGGGAAGCCUUCCGUUGUCUCCAGCUAGAAGUGGUCCUUUCCUCCCUGAGCUCAGGGUGCGUGCUUAGUGGUCUCCAGUAACAAUGGCUGCUUUUUUGUUCUCACUAACUGUGCAGUCAUGGCACACUGUCCUUGGCCUCGUCUGGGUUCUUUCUGAGAGGAAGUUGGAUUCCGAACGUCCCCUCAUUUCUGGGCCUCGGCUGGAAAUACUGCUGCGGCGCCAACACUUUGAAGCCAAGUCUUAGAUCUGACCUCUUUUCUUUUGGGCGUCCGGUGCCGGGCCUUUGCCGGCUGCCAACCCCUUAACCGUGGGGUGCUUUCGUCUUGUCUGGACUGCAGUGGCCAGUAGGACCAUCAGGUACCCCCCCGUCCCCCCUGCCACUAGCCAUGCUCCCUGCUGCCGCUAAGGGGAUAGAUUUAGGGUGGGAACCGGCGGGGGUCCCUCCUCUGCUCACACCCAGCCCCUUGGUGGUCCUGGCUGCCCAACCCAGCCUGCUGGUCCCUGUCACCUGCCGUCUGCUGGUCCGCCAUGCCCCAUAGUAAGGGCCCCUCACGUGCCUCCUUGGGCCUCUGCGUCUUUGCUCACCCGUGCCCUCUGCCUGGUGUGUCCGGACGCUCCCUGUCUCUGCCGCUAGUCCGCCUUUAAGACUGAACUGAGGAAUCCCUCAGGAAUCCUGAGCCUCUGCGCUGCAUGUCUGGACCUCACCUCACCCCCCUCUCUUGAACUUGUCCGCUUCCAAGGCCGAAGGCUUCGUUCUGUCUCUCUCUGGACUGCCAGCUCCUGGCGCAGCCUUUGCGGAGCCCACCACGGGAGGCUGAGCGGGACAGCCCUCCAGGAUCCCAGUGUGAGGCUAGACGACAGGCUGGCCUCGUCCAUGAUGAGCGGGCAUGACCGCGGCCCGCGCCGUGGCCGUGCUCUCUGUCAGGGCCGAAGCCUGCCUCUGAAACCCAUGCCUCAUCCUCACCUAGCAGGGCUGGAGGCCACCCCUGGAGCGUGGCCUUGACUGUGAGCAGGAUGUAUCAGUCAGUCCUGCUGACCGCUGGCCAGGCAGUCCUCAGACGCCGCGGACUCAACACACAGCCUGCUUAUUUCUGCUCACAAUGUCCAGCUGACUUUGUCCCCAGAAGGGACUCAGCUGGCUGUGGAGGCAACAUAGGGACAGGCCAUCAGGACGCGGCCACCUCAGUCUGGAAGUGACAGCACGUCCUUCCAGUCCUCCCUCUUUGGCCAGAACCGGACAUCUGGUCUCCCUGGCAUGCUGUGGGGGUGUGGGCAGGGCCGGCCCCCCGGACGCCUGCUCUGGGGCCCGCUCACUGCCUCUGCCAGGGACUUCAGGCUCAGCUUGGCCACGGUAUGUGACAGCUCUGUGCCCCAAAUUUCCUGACUUUUGAAGUGAGCACAAUAGAACUAUCAUGGGGAUUCAUGUCCCACCAUCGGGAAAGUGGCUUUCGUGAGGCUUGGCACCAGGUGCGUAUCUGCCCUCCGUGGCUACUCAGCGCUUCAUGGAGAUAGAAGCGCCUGGAGAGGCACCAGUGACAGCUCAGGACACUUCUUGUGCUGCCGCAGCCCGGUUCCUCCUCCCAGAGAGCGAGCGCUCCCUUUGAGUCCCGCUCCUGGGACCCAGGCUCGAAAGCCAGGAAAUCCACGGGUGCCACGCCUCAGCAUGGCUCGCAGCCCACGGCCCCACAUGUGGCUUCGCCAGAGCCGGCUUGGGGUCGCGCCCAGUUUACAGCUGAGCAAAGAGAAGCCCAAGGACUUGUCUGCCUCAGGGCAGGACUGGGCUCCGACCCCCCUUUCUGGUUUCGAGGCCCUCCCUCUGGGCUCUGCCCCCGGCCCCCUUCCCGAUGAAGAGGGCUCCUCCCCCAGCUCGCGGCAGGUGUCAGCAGGAUGACCAAGUCUGGGCAGAACAUGUCCCACGUGCUCGUGUGGCAGAAGCUCUCAGGACACAACGAGAAAACUCGGUAAGAGGAGGCGUGAGAAUGUGGAUGGUGUCUCGGGAGCCGCCACAGGUCUUGGGUAUUCUUGUCUAUUCAGGAGAGUGAAGCAGAGCCCGGGGGGCUUGCGGGGUCCCGUGUCACCCGCUCUUCCACCUGAAGACGCAGGUAACAUUUGCUAGAUGGAGAAGUGCCACCUUUCCGCACGGCGGCCGGACGGUGGAAGCGGCCAUGGGUCCGUUGACGGCCGCAUGAACACGGGAACAGCCAUGCACAGAGUGUUACCCAGCCUUGAAGAGGAAGUGGCUUCUGACACCGGCUACAGCGCGGGCCGCCUUGAGAUUAUUCUGUGGAUCGAAGUAAUCCAGUCACGGAAGGACACGUCCCGUAAGAUCCCACUGAUGCGAGAUCCCCGGAGUCGUCUGAUUCGUAGGGACAGGAGGUGGGCGGGGGGUGUCGGGCUGGGGGAGGCGGGAGGUGGUUGGUGUCUCAUGGACACAGAGUUUCUGCUCCGAGACGCGAGGACGUGGGCGGACGGUGGUGACGGCUGCGCCACAUGUGGAGCCACAGAGCUGUGUGCUCGUACGCGGUUAAACGCUCAAUUUUAUAUUAUGUGUAUUUUACUACAAUAAUAAUUUUAAAAAAGCAGCAUGGGGCGCCUGGGAGUC